AUGGAACAUCGACUCCUCCAAUCCAUCCUCGAGACUCAAGCUGCCGUCCUAGCAACCGCGACCAAUAUCCAAACUGUUGUAACAGACACAAUCCAUAUGUUGUUUGAUGAAGACAAUGAAAACCAGGAGCCACCAAGGCAAGGAGGAUCACGACCAGGACGUCGGCCAAAUCUUCCCCGAGGAUUCGAAGAAGGUUAUCAACGACUCUACAAGGACUACCUUUCACCUCAACCCAUUUACGGCCUGUACCCAGUUCAGAAGAUAACUUCAGCUCUUCAUAUGCUUGCGUAUGGAGGGGCAGCCGAUCUGAAUGACGAGUACAUCCGAAUCGCCAAAAGCACAUCAUUACAAGCCUUGAAUGAGUUCUGCAGCUCAGUCAUCGAAUUAUACAAACCUCAAGACUUAAGGAGCAUUAUUAGUACAUAA